GUGCGAAGCCUGCGCCGGGUGCCCCCUGCAGAGGCAGGGGGUGAAAUGCCAGAGGAGGUGAUGGAGAACCGUGCAAAGCCUGCAGCUGAGGAGGACUUUGAGGGCCACCUGGGCGGCGAUCUCUUCGAAGACAACGAUGACGAGGAGACGCCCGCGCCGCUGCCUGCGCAGCCUGCC